AUGGAAACAGCUUUUGAGUGUCUAGUCAAUGAAACAUACUAUGAAGAUCACUCUGGAAAAAUAAAAAAGGUCACCCAGAUGUUGAUUGGGAAAGAUAAUUCCACAUCUGGAGGAGGCUUCAUCUUGGUGGGCUUCUCCGAGCAGCCAGGGCUAGAGAGGAUCUUAUUUGUGCUCAUCUUGAUAUUCUACCUUCUAACACUCAUGGGCAAUGGGACCAUCAUUCUGGUCUCACGCCUGGACCCCCAUCUCCACACCCCCAUGUAUUUCUUCCUCACACAUCUCUCUUUUAUUGAUCUCAUUCAUGUGACUUGUAUCAGCCCUCAGAUGUUGGUUAACUUUGGAAGGCCAGACAAAUCCAUAAGUUUUGUUGGAUGUGUGGUCCAGCUUCUCAUCACGGUGGGUCUGGGGGUCACUGAGUGUGUCCUUCUGGCCAUGAUGGCCUAUGAUCGCUAUGUUGCUAUCUGCCAGCCCUUGCAUUACUUCACACUCAUGCCUCCACAGCUGUGCUGGGCACUGGCCGGCAUAUCCUGGUUUCUUGGUUUCAGCACCUCAUUGAUCCACACCCCUAUCACCAUGACCCUUCCCAGAUGUGGGCACCACCGGAUAAACCAUUUCUAUUGUGAGACACCCCCAAUGAUGGAGCUGGCCUGUGUGGACACCACAAACUACAAGAAGGAGAUUAUGAUCCUAAGUAGCAUCUUCCAUGUCUUUCCUCUAUCACUGAUCUUGGUCUCUUAUGGGCGAAUAGCCCAUAAUGUUUUGAGGAUAAAGACAUCUGGUGGGAGACAGAAGGCCCUUGGGACCUGUGGCUCCCAUCUUACGGUGGUGUCUAUUUUCUACAGUACUCUCAUCUAUGUGUACAUGACUCCAAAAUCAAAGUCCUCUCAGGAUGCAAAGCAGGCCCUCUGCCCCGGCCCUAAGCCUCCCGGCACCCUGAGUGCCCUGACUGCUGGGAGAGCCUCCUCACGUCUCACGCCCAUCACCGUCGAGGUGGGCACCAGCCUCGUCCGGGACACGCGUGGAUCCCUGUCUCAUCUCACCAUCUGGCAGAAAUGGGGCGAGAGAAAGGCUCUUUGA